AUGUCCGGAAGAAAAGAGAACCAAUCCAGCUACAUCAAUUUCUCCACUGGCCACGACGACCUCGUGCACGAUGUCGCAUACGACUUCUACGGCCGGCGCAUGGCCACGGUUUCGUCCGAUCAGCGACUCAAGGUGUUUGACCUGAACGACGAAGGCGAAUGGGUCAUCAGUGAAUCCUUCCGGGCCCAUGAUGCCAUUAUCAAUAGGGUGAUCUGGGGCCCGCCAGAGCACGGUCAGAUCAUCGCUACCUGCUCCUAUGACCGCUUAGUUAGGAUAUGGGAGGAGCAGGAAAUGGAGCCAAAGGGCUCCAACCUCCGCUGGAAGCGCCAAUUCGAAAUGCGAGCCGAAACGCACUCCGCCGUCUACGACAUCUCCUUCCCGCCCACCUCCGCCUACUCUGUCUCCGGUACCUCCACAGGCCUCAAGAUCGGCUUCAUCUCCACUGACGGCGUCAUCCAAAUCUACGAGUGCCGCGAGCCUCAGGACCUCACGCACUGGAUCGCCGUCGACGUCUUCCACACGCUUACCGCUCCGCCAGCAAAGGAAAACGAGGUCGCCUUCUGCCUCGACUUCUGCCCCUCACGAUGGGGCGGCGAGCAGCUCGUCGUCGGCAUAAUGGACAAGGCGCAGGUAUACCGCCAGAGCAAGGCCGGGAAGUUCCGCCCUGCGGAGGAGCUCAAGGGACAUCGCGGGCUAGUGCGCGAUGUCAGCUGGGCGGCCGGCAUGGGGAGGAGCUACCACCUCAUUGCUACGGCGUGCAAGGACGGGCAUGUGCGCAUCUUCAAGCUGACGACUAACGCGGGGAGCCUUGCGGCACCGAAGAGCAGGUAUCCCACUGGUGGUGGGCGGCGGCCGAGGCCUGCGGGUGCGAGUGCGGGGCUGGGUGCGGGGCUGGCGGGAGGUGCCGAUGAUAUGAUUUCUGCGGCGGAGGGCGAAGAUGCGGCCGGGGGUGCGGAGGACGAGCGCUGGCUUGUCGAUUUGAUCGGCGACUUUGACGACCACCAUAGCGAUGUGUGGAGGGUUGCGUGGAACGCCACGGGCACCGUGUUGAGCAGCGCGGGCGACGACGGGAAUAUCAGGCUGUGGAAGGCUGCCAUUUCGGGCGAGUUUCAGUGCUUGUCGGUGAUUGCGUCGCAUCGGUCUGGCAGUAGAUGGGAGGAGCAGGAAGUGACGUUUGAUGACUAG